GGGGGUUAGAUUUUGAGGUUGUCAUGUUUAGUUCAAUUUUAAUGUUCAAUAGUUUUUUCUUGGUAAGAAGAGAAGCAAAAUUUGGGUGCAUUAAAGUGAUAUCUACUUGCCACUUUUAAUGCUUGGCUCUGUCCUCCUUUUUAAUGGAGUUUGAUGAACCCAAUUUAAGAACCAACCCCUUCUUCAUCUUUAAGCAUUACAUCCCCCUCCUUGCAUGCCUCUUACCUGUUUGAUGAUUUUCCCCAAAGAUCCAUAGUUUUUAUGGAACUUACUGAGUUGUCUUUGGCUUCAAGCCAAUGUGUCUUAGCUGAUAAAACAUGCAAUUUUAGUCCAUCGUCUGAUCUUCAUCAUCAUCAAGUUGAUGGUUUCAAUUUUCCUUCAAAGAGAAGGAAGUUUUUCUCAGAUCAGUUCUUCAAUGUUGAUUCACAGUUUCAAACCAGUGUUGAUCUUCAAGUUAAAGACCCUUUGCCAUUAGAUUGGGAACAAUGCCUUGAUCUUGAAUCAGGUAAAAUGUACUACAUGAACAGGAAAACCUUGGAGAAGACAUGGAAUUGGCCUAAAGAUCAUAAACUAGACCUGGAGCUCAACAUCUCACCAACAAGCUCCAAUGGCUCGGAACAUUUCAAUGGCGGUUGGAUCUCCAGUGAGGACUCGAACAACAACAACAAGCAGCAACAACAACAUUUUUCAAGCACCACUAACAUGGUGGCUUUGCCAUGUUUAAAUUGUCAUCUUCUUGUAAUCCUCCCCAAAUCCUCCCCUGCUUGUCCUAAUUGCAAGUAUGUCCACUCUUUCCCUGCAUUGCAACCUACCAAGUAUCCCAAUACCUUAAGUCUCUUAAACUAACACACUCGUGUCAAACUCGGGUUUGGCUCAGUUGGUUCAUAUAACUAUGACCCGUUUUCGUUUUCCUCGAGUUAUGACUUCUUAAGAAAAUCCUUUGGAAGAACUUGUAAUGUUUUGUUCAAUGUACUCAAUAACAGUAAAUAUAAUCUUUCCUUUUUCA